AUGGACUGGUUUUUCACUGCAGAUUGUGUGAUUGGAAAAAAGAUUGAAGACAACCUCGACAUCCAUAAGUUUAGUUUUAGUGGUGGUCGUAGCUGGGAUGACCAGCUCUCCUGGUUCGUCUGGAAGUGUCCUCCAGCCUCCUGUGUGCUCUGGCUGGGCUCCCUGGCCAGCCAGGCUGUUGUCGGUGAUGAGCAGGACUGCCCUGCAGUGGCUGCACAGGACCCCUGGUUUUGGGAGCAGUUCUUGAAAGAGGAGGCGGCUGCAGCAGCACCCAUGGAGCUGUUUUCCAAGGACUAGUCCUUUCCAAAGCACAAAAAUGGUUUUCAGGUUGGGAUGAGAUUAGAAGGCAUUGACCCCCCACAUCCAUCUGUAUGUUGCGUGCUCUCUGUAGCUGAGGUGUGUGGUUUGUCUGAUGGUUGUUUAGGCUGCUAUGAUUUUUGGAUCAAUGCCAGUUCCUCUGACAUCCAUCCAGUAAGGUGGAGUGAAAGGAGCAAACAUGAACUGCACAUCCCUGAAGGUUAUAGAAAAGAUAAGUUUGUUCGGAUGGAUUACUUGAAGGCCUGCAAAUUACACAGUACUCCCAAGAGAUUAUUCAGAAACAGAAAUUCUAUACACGGGCCAGUGCCUGAAGACUUUCGGAUUGCAAUGAAGCUGGAGCCCGUCGACAAGAAGAACCCCUCCUUGGUGUGUGUGGCAACCGUGGCAGAUCUUGUUGGAGACCGCUUGCUAGUGGAUUUCCACAAUUGGGGUGAUAGUUUCCAUGACUGGUGUGAUGUGAACAGUCCUUAUGUCCAGCCAGUUAGUUGAUGUCGGGAGCAAGAAAGGGCUCUGACAGCACCACAGUGUUAUCCUGAUCCAGAAAAAUUUUCCUGGACAGAAUAUCUGGAAGCUGCUCAACCUAAUGCAGUUCCUGCCAGAGUUUUUAAAACACGGUUGCCACGUGGUUUUCUCACGAGAAACUUGCAGUUGUGGAUACGCGAAACCAACCGCAGGUUAAUUCGUAUUGCUUUGAUUAUAGAUGUUGUUGACCAAAGAAUAAAGGUGCAUUUUGAUGGCUGGGAUCACAAAUAUGACUACUAGGACUUCCUGUCGUGGCUCAGUGAGAGCCCUGAUAUCCACCCAGUCGGGUAGAGUGAUGUCACAGGGCAUCCCCUAGAAGAGCCAUAUUGAGCAAAGGAUGUGCAAGUCCCCCCAGGUCACGCUACUUGUCCCACUCCAGGGUGCCAAGGCAUAGGCCACACACAUGGUCCAUGGUAUUCCGGACAUUACAGUGCUUUUGGCUGCCCAUGUUCAGACAUGAACUUGAAAAAGGAGGCAAUGCUUCACGAUCAUCUGAGAGAACAAACACAGGCAAACUUGGAGUCAGACUCUGCAUAUUCAAAAUCAAAAAACCUCUGUAGUUUGAACUUCAGCGGAAAGCAUGAAAAUGUGAAUAGUCCAUCCAGACUGGUACAGCAGACAAAGUGUUUGAAAAUCAGAGGCAAAGACGAUAUUGACUGGGAUAAUCUCUUCAGGGAGUCUUCUCUUUCUCAAUCUUUUCAAUUUUUGCACCAGUCCAUCUUCGUGUCCUUGUCGGCCCAGCCUUUCUAGGACCUUCCCCUGGGCUGUGAGCAGCAUGGCAAUCUGCUCCCGGGUGGGGCCAAUGUCCCUGUGGGUCAGGUGGCCCACUGUACUGUGGAUGAGGUGAGCGACUGCCCAGGGCCUGGGAUGGACCUGCCCGCUGCAGGGAUUUCUCCUAGCAGGGCUGAUUUAGGUGGAGGGGCCCAGGCCUCCAGCCCCACAUCACAUAUUUGCUUUGAGGAAACAGGAAGGUGUGAGCCUCUAGGCUUGCGUCCUGCAGCCAUGGGCGAGCACCACCCCCAAGACGCUCUGCGCCCCAGGGGCUCCUCGGCCUGGCACCCCAGGCCCAGGACCCAGUGCUCUCACACUGGGGCAGCCCUGGGCUACCCUUUCUCCAUCUGCAGCCACAGGGCACCCCUCCAGCUGGCUCCCUACACUUCCUGGCUGUGGACGCUCUCUGGAGAAGAUACCUCACACCCAGGGGUCCCUGGGGGGCAGAAGAUUUUAACAGCAGGAAAUGCUGACUUGUGCUUAUGGAUUGACUUGCAGCAGAUUGAUGGCAAAGCCUUCCUGCUCCUACCACAGAAAGACGUUGUCCAGGUGAUAAAGACCAAACUGGGUCCAGCUCUGAAGAUUCACAACCCCACACUCAUGAUCAGGACCCCACUGGAGCAGACACCGACCUGGGCCAAGGAGUAGGGGGCAGGGGGAAAUGCCUCACCUGAGGGGCCUCACCUGCAUCUCUUAGCAGAGUGGCCACACCCACUCCAGGCGUGUUCCCAGGGUCAUGUCCAUGUUGGAUCUGGACCUUUUAAAGAGGCCGUGGUUUUAUGUUUGGCAGAUCUGAUGGCUGACCCGGCACCAGCAAUGCAGAGGUCCAGGCCCGUGCAGGGCUCCUGACUGUCCUGCCUCAGCUCUGACUAUUGCAGCGAACAGACCAGAGAAGAGUUCCUCCAGGACCAUUCAUAUAACACAUCAUAAGUAUACAUAAUAGUACUAGGAAUUGGAUCACUAGCAAGAAUCCUAAGGGAGAUUAGGACUUCUGAGGCCAUAGUCUUGGAAUGUCUAGAAUUUCAGGUCAUUUUUGCAAAACUACGUGUCACUUGCU